AUGUGGUUUCAGAGCAAAGGUCCCACAGUUACAGUGGCCCACACCCACCUCCUCACUGACUACUCUCCCUUUUGUUUGUUCCAUUUCAUCACACUAGGCUCCCAGCUCUACCUUGAACACACCAAGGCCCCCUAUCUCAGGGUGUUUGUAUUUGCUACUUCCUCUCCUGGAAAGGCUCUUCCCCCAGAUAUUUACAUGACUGACUUCGUCAGUUCUUGGGCUCUGUCAAAAAUUCCCUUAGUCCCCUUAUCAGUGAGGCCUUUUCUGACCAACUUAUCCCUUGAAGAGCCUGUAGGCUCCCUGCCCAUCGGCCUGCUGAUUCUGCCCGUCCGGGGCCCCUGCCUGGCUCUGAAGGUGGUGGCACCAGAAGAAAAGUCAUCUGUGCUUGACUGGACGGCCGUCGCGAUUCUCCACCAUCUCCCUCCCCGCCGUCUCCAGCCAUUUCCCAAAGUGUCGCGGGGACGCCCACUGCCUCUCCCCUUCCUGUGGUCCAGGUUUCCGCGGAGGCAAACUUCCGCGUGCUCCACGCAUCCCGGCAGCCUCUGCGCCAGACGGCGACUUAGGAAGGCUGAAACUGCAACAGGAGGCCGCGGGGUGGCGCCACCGUCAAGUCCGCGAGCAGGAUCUGGCCAACAAAGGGGUUUUUCACCUACGCGGUUCCGGGAGGCAUCUGGCCAAUCCGCGAGGCUUGCUUUCUGCGGCUGCCGACUGGGCCCACUCGGGAGUCGGGUUCUCACACCUGCUGGCCCUGAGCAAUUAUGUUGGGAUGGGGGGCGGCAGACCACGCGUUGGCUACUCUGUUGGGUACCAAGGGCAAUAGGACACACGCGACACCUUGCUCCCCUCUACCCGCCCGCCGCCGUUGCCACCGACCGGACUAGAGCUAAUUUCUUGCCGCUGCCGGCUCUGGGGACGCAAAUAUUUCUCACAGGGUUUGUUGGGGGGAGGUUGCGGAAAGCGUGCACUUCACCCCUGACCUCUGCGCCGCUGGGAAUCGAUUCACUGCGGCGGCGACAGUGGCGGCCUCCGCGGCGAGCUAAGGUAGCAAUGUCCACAAGUGGCCACGGGGUGGCGGUAGCGGCCUUCCGCGGGAUACGCUCGGAGCACACCGCCUCCGCUGGUCCAGGUCGAAGAGCCACCACCAUGGUCUGUCCAGCCAGGAGCCUGGCAGAAUGUUCAGCUGAGAAACUGCCAUGGGUGAAUGAAAGCAACACUUUUCCCUUACUGAGGAUGGUGGAAAUGCAGGAAGACAGCUCUUUGAAGUAGCCAUGCAUUAAGUUACUAUUAGUGGACAAGGUGGUGCCCAAAUGCAUAUGUUGGACAUGAUUUGGAUCGUAAACUUGGUUUUCAGUGCAUUUCCCAAGGGGAAUUGGUAAAACAGACUUGUAUCAACGGUAAGUAAAAGCUGAUACAAGGUAAGUGUUCCAACAGCUACCCUAUGUAGUUUCCUGGGGAGAGUGCAGGAUAAUUCUGUCCUCUAGUGGUUGAGGCGAGAACCCCCUCUGACGUGGCGCUCUUGGGGCAGCAUGCAUCUUGGGAUGACUGACUGAGGUACUGAAAGCACUGGGCACUAGGAGCAGCACCCUGGCCGAGCAUGGGGUUAUCUUUUUAUCUGUCUCUUCCAUGAAACUCUGCCAUCCAUGCCAGAAUCUGGGUGAAUGAGGCAUUGGCACACAGGGCAUGAGGGAGCAAUAGCAACUGUGGCUGUCAGGUAAAUACCAGGACUUUCCCUGCAACAGUAUGGAAACUGGGAUUUUAAAUGCUCUUGAACUACAUGAUGACCAAGGAUUUUUUGAUGAUCCAAAGGGAGGGAAGAAGACCAAACGGAUGAUUCUGUACUCCCUGCUAAUUUUUUGUAUUAAGGGCUUGAACCGAUUGUUUUAAUUUGGAGAAAUAAAAGAGAUGUGGCCAUAUUUGCACCCCAAACAUUGAAGAGUAGUUUACACCAGUCUUGUGUAAAAGACUCACUCUCAGCUGUUGUACAUAUAAGCUUGAAGUCAUCCACAUUUAAUCAAAAGGGCCAAACAUAAUCACAGGAAGGCAGGUCAUGAAAGUGCUAAUAUUUAUGAAAAUUAAACAUAAUUCUUACAUUCCCUACAGUUUCUGGUCAGAAUUUUCUUUUUCUUUUUUUUUUUCCCCCUUCCUUUUUUAGGGCUGCACCCGUAGCACAUGAAGUUCCCAGGCUAGGGGUCGAAUUGGAGCUACAGCUGCCAGCCUACACCACAGCCACAGCAGUGUGGGAUCCAAGCCGCAUCUGCAACCUACAUCACAGCUCAUAGCAACCUGGAUCCCUGAUCCACUGAUCGAGGCCAGGGAUCCAACCCGAAUCCUUAUGGAUACUAGUCAGGUUCAUUUCUGCUGCACCACAACGGGAACUCCCAGUCAGCAUUUUUAAACUUUUUUUUUUUCUUUUUUUUUUUUUUUUUUUUUUUUUUUUUUUUUUACUGUCUGCACCUGCAGCCAAAGAUCACCAGGAACACACUUGUGGUUGAACAAGUUGGGUUUAUUACUCCACAGCGAGGGAGAACACAUACCAGGGAAAACGGUGGGGCUCUCACACAGCCGGUUUGCCUUCUGCUGGGUCUCACAUUUCUGUUCCUCCUGGUAAAAUCCUCACUGUCCCAAGGACACUCAGCCUUCACCACCUUCCCAGCUACUCAGAGAGCCAGGAAAGCAUCAAGUAACUCUUCCUGAGCCACUGCUUUCUGUUGUGAUUUUUGAUCCUUUUUCCUGAGGGAGUGUUUUGGAGAAGUAUUUGUAGGAGCAUACAGAUGAAGAUCUACUCAUUUAUUUCUCUCUCCAGGUCAGAACACCUGGGGCAGGAGGUGGGGAGGGCAGUUGUUCUAGGUUUAGGUAAAUAACUAAUGGGGUGGUAGCUUAUAUUGAAGAGCUAUUAGAAGUAAAUGAAGAAUAAAAUCUACUUCUAUAGCAUAGUAUAAUAGGUUACAAAAUCUCUUUAAAAGGUUGUUAUACUACUGUGCAGAGCAAAAGGACAAUGGGACAAAAAAAGAGGAGAGAUCAGCUUUUCCUAGAAGAUUCAGAAAAGCUGGAAAGAAGAGAGUUAAAGAAUGAGCAGGAAUUCACUAGGUAAAGAUGACCACCCAUAUGUCUCAUUUUACCAAACAAGACUGAGUUUAGUGCAUAAAAAACUGAAGUUACAUAAAAUCAUCAGACAAAAGAUGAUUUAAAAAGCAGUCUUUGAUAUCCUUGAGUGGGCCUAGUUAAAACAACCAAGCUGUCUUAGUUUAAGUUCCCCUCAAAGAGGACCCUGAGAUUAAGAUUUGGGUGCAAGAAGCUUAUUUGAGAGGUAAUUGCAGGAAGCACAGUGACAGUAGAGAAAUAAAGCAAGGGAGGAAAGUCAGGAAAGGAGGCACUGCUGCUAUGAGAAUUGGGGUUUCAUCUUGCAGGGGGGCCUCUGAGGACUGUGGAACCCACCACAGUUCCAUUGAGGAGUGAUGAAGUGGGGAUAUUUAUCUGCUAACAUCCAUCUUCAUUGAUUGGGGAUCUGUUCUGGGUCUUUAGCUCACUGGCACUUCUGGCUUUCCCUGGAUGCCAAUUCACACAGCAAAGGCAUUUUGGAGGACUGCCUGCAGGUGACAUCUGGAGUAUGCAGAGGGGCAUGGGACUGACAUGGCAGCACACAAACCACAAGAAACAGAAUGGCUCUUUUCCAGUGGUCAUGCCAAGAGUCCUGUUCCAAAGGCUAGGAUCUCAGAAAUUGGCUAGGAUAAAAACAGCUUACUCUAUGUAUUCUAAGAUGCCCCAAGGAGUCACAUCUUGUAUAAUCCCCUUGACUGCGGCUGGAACCUAUGACUUGCUUGUAGCCAACAGAGCAUGACAAGGUUAUGAGAUGCCACUCCCAUGAUAUUACAUUAUGUGAGACUAUUUUGGCUGACUGGACUGCGGAGAGACUCCUGCUGGCCUUGAAGUGAGAUGACAUGUUGUGAGAGGGCCUGUGUGAGGGCAACAUGGCUGGGGUCUCCAGGAAAUGAGACUAGCCUUUAGCUCGCAGCCAGCAAAAAGGCAGAGAUCUCAGUCCUACAAUCACAAGGAACUGAAUUCUGCCAGUGACCAUGGGAGCUUGGAAGAGCUGCUGGAAGUAACACAGGAUAGUUAACACCGUGACUGCAGCCUCAGCAGAGCACCCAGCUAAGCUGUAUCCAUGGAAAGAUAAUAAAUGUAUGUUGUUUUAAGCCAGUAAA